GCGGUAGGUGGCGCUUCAGUGUGGCUGUCAAAUCCUGUGUUGAAGAGGCGAGGGCGGUGCGACGAGGAAGAGCAGCUGAACUGUGUCGCACGUAGCUUUUCAUCUAAUCGACGGUUUGUCUUCGAUUAUACAAACUCAUCCAAAGAUGGUCCGACCACAUUUUGGACCACCACGCUUAAAGCCCAGACCAUACGGAGAUGGUCAUGGCACUGGGCCUAGUGAAGGGAAUUACAACCCCAACACCAAAGGUCGAAGAGAUGCCCAAGGCUACCCAGCAAAGACUCCCUUCAACUGGAGAGACUCCAGAGGUAGAGGACGACCCCCAGUUGUCAAGAGAGUCCCCUUGAUGGGAGAGCAAAGGGAGCCACGUUUCAAUCACUGGAGGUCCCCGAAUCAGGAGUCCUUUCAUUCAUACCCUCCCAAAAUGGAACCACACCAUAGCCAGAGGAGGCCUUCUCCAUCUAGGCCAAACCGCUCCCCCCAUGGCCAACAUCAGCCCUCCUCUCGCAGUCCCACACAGGGAUCCCCAGGUCACAGGGGCCCACCUUUCCACGGCCACCCCUCAGGACACAGGUCACCCUCCCCAAGACAUUUUCGCGGCCACCCAGCAGACAGGAGGCCAGGCCCUACACAAGCCUACCAGGGGUCUUUCAGGGGCCCCAAAAGGCAGGCAGGUUCUCCCCAUCAGGAGCACCGUAAUCGAGACCCUCGUGGGAAUUACAGCCCCAGAGAAAGGCCCUAUGAGCACUCAGGUCAUGGCAUGAAGCGUUGGAACGAGGCUGGAGCAUACUCUCAUCCACACAAUGGAGAACACAGGCCCUCUGGGUCACAGAGGAGCCCCAGAGAGAUGCAUGGGAGAGGCUCGUGUCCAGAGAGGUGGUCAUCUGAGCCAGACUCCAGGCGGCAGCGUGGUCCGGUGGAGAGGCAGGGCAGCAGAUCCCACAGUAGAGAGAGGGCACAGGAUGUCCCUCACCAGCCCCCUUUCAGAUCCCCCUCAUGGAAAGGAGGACCACCACAGCCGCCAUCCUACCACAGGAUCCCUCAGGAGAGGCAAGUGGCAGGACCCCGCAAGAGGAGGAUAUCAGACAUCAGCAUGCCCUCCUCAGACCCUGCAAUGGAGCAUGGCAAUCCAAAACACCCCAGGAGAGAGAGACCUCAGCUGCUCAAUAUUCCCAGGCCAUUUGGUGGUAAACCUUUGUCUUUUAGGGAUAGAAGUUACAUAGUUAAGAACAGACAAAUCAGAGCAGCGUCUCUCAUGAGGCUCAGAAUACCUCCAUCGGUGAAACCCAGGCCUCACCUGGGCGACUCCACACCACGGGGAAACGUCAGCUCUGUUUUUGCAAUCAGGAAGAAACGUUUCCAGUCAAAUCCAGUUCCACUGGAAAAGCUGGAACCAAGGAGGCCAAAACCACAACAGUCACCCCCCAGAGAAGAGGGCAAUGACAGCACGUCUUCAAGAGACUCUGACACAGGCAAAGAACAGGUGGAGUCCCGCCGGUCCUUGAACACACACAGAUCUUCUCCCAUAGAGAAACGUGACCUUGUUGUUUUGUCCCACUGGCCACCCGGGCCAAGCUCCUCUUCCAAGGAUGGCUCACCUCUGAAAGAUCGCAGCCCAAAGUCGAGAAAUGAACGAAGUUCAGAUGAAGACACCACACCAGACAGCCGACUCCCAAGGAUGAAUGAUUCCAGAUCAUCACCUGAAGACAGAAACCAGGAACGCUUGGAUAAGAGGAUAUUCAGGCCAUUUAAUAAUGUGAUGCAGGACAGCCACAGAUCUGGAAGGCCCUUCAGGAGACCGGGACCAGGACCCAUGCAGAGACCAAAGUUCACUGGUGUUCCCAGGAAGCCAGGUGGUCCUGAACUGUCUGGAAAUGUAAGAAGACCGCUCAUGGAGAGCUUAGUGCCGCGUCCCUUCCCAAAUCAGAGACCAGUGUUCAGAAAAAGUCACAGUAUCAUGUCUAAAUACCGCAACAUGAGAGUGAUGCGUCAGCGAGUGCCGUACAACCGAGGACCCAACCAACAACGCUGGUGAUAGCCUCCGGUCCUACAUUCUGCAGACAUGACACUGGAAAACGUAGAAGAAAUCUCAAGAUGUUUUCUGCUCGGUGAACUGCACCGCACAAACCCAUCUCUCACUACAGUCCCUGUAUAUUAUGGAAGUGUUGUUGCUUACAUUUGUUCUCUGGUACAAGUGUUUCAGUUGCACCAUUGAAGUACUGCAGUACUUUGUUUUAGAGUAUUUUAACACAUGCCAUUAUAUUAUAUUACACUGUCCUGCCUUUUUCUGAUGCUUUGAUUUGGGAAUUGCUGCUUGUGAUCUUGGAAGUCUUUGUUUUACUUAGUCUUAGCUUAUACUUCUAUUUGUUUACCAGCAACAAUUAAUUUCAGGUUUGUUAAAUCCAAGAAAUGUUUACUUAAACAUCUCCCCUUUGUUGUUUGUAGAGACUUUAUCACAUGAGAUGUCCUACCUGAUUAAUCAUGGGUGUUUUGAUGAAAAACCAUGGCUUAUUGACUGACACUUAGCUACUAGUUAAACUUGUAUAAUCACAUGUUCAGUUUAUUGUUUGAGACUUGAAGUAAAGUUGGAUUUAACAAGCUGUA